UACUGCCGCGAGAGAGUGCGACGGUCGUCUUCUUAUCGUAAACGUGAUUUAGAAUUUAAAUAUCCUGUAAGUUGGCAGGUAAUCGGUGACGUUUUGGUUCUGUGUUCUCUCCUACUCUAUUGAAAAAUGAAGAUCCACGUUUAUUUCCGAUGAAUGUGAAUCGUUUGCGAUUUUACACACCAUUCAAAAUGAUUCCGAAGAAGAAUAUUUUGAAAGGAAUUACGUUAGGCUUCGUGUUUUCAUCGAUUCUUCUUGGAUCUUACAACACCGUAACCUCUGAGGUGUGCGUUUUUUCGAAAUCUGUCAAAUGAUCCGUUAAAAAUGUCCAAAUCUUCCCUAAAAAGACCUAUCACGCCCAAUAAAGAAUCCUUGUCGAAUCACCAUCAUCCUGUGCAAUUUGAUUCCAAAACAACCCAUUGGAGUAACAACGUGCAAGAGUGUACAGUGUGUACUGGUCCCGAGGGGACUUUGAAUUUGACAAUUCGAGGGGGUUCGGACAAAGGGGAGUUCGCUUAUUUUGAUGAUUUGGUGCAGUCUAGGAUUUCUUAUCUCUCUGGAUAUUUAGAGAAUGGAGAUGUGAUAUUAGAAAUCCAGGGACAAAAACUCGCUGGAUUUACACAGAGGGAUGUUGUGGCCUGGUUAAAUCACUGCUGUAAAAGUGGGAGUCCUGUUAGAAUAUGUGUUACUAAAGGCGGAUUGGGUAAAGACUUAAGGCAGCAUUUGAACACCAGGUUUCCAAAAAAUUCUCCUGACUGUGAACUACAAAAUACAGUGAGAGACAACUUAUAUCUUAGAACUGUCCCCUGCACAACUAGAUCACCGAGAGAUGGGGAAAUCAAUGGUGUGGAUUAUACCUUCCUCACUGUUGAAGAGUUCAUGCAACUGGAAAGAUCUGGUAAUCUUCUAGAAAGUGGAAUAUAUGAAGGAAAUCAUUACGGCACACCCAAACCCUUAGAAGAAUGUCCAGCCCCUGUUCCCAAACCGAGCAGUUACACAGUUAACAACAGCAACAACGUCAUACCUGGGAUACAUCCUUCCUCCGAGGGAAAAAGAAGGCGGAAUCGAUCCAGCGUUGAAGCAAUGACUGCAAAAACCAAUGAAGAACAGUCCGAUUCUGGCUACUCACAUUCUGGAAAAAACAGUAUUGAUUCUUCACAUGUUUCACAAGGAAUGAUUACUGAUGAUCACAAAUCUCAAAAGAAGUUUUCUACCUCUGAAGAUGAUGAUUUAGGCCCAUUACCAGAAAACUGGGAAAAAGCUUACACAGAAGACGGGGAACCUUACUUUAUUGAUCAUAACACUGGAACAUCUCAAUGGCUAGAUCCUAGACCGAAAAACAAAAAACCUGUUGGUGAAUGUGACGAAGAUGAACUUCCUUAUGGUUGGGAAAAAAUUGAUGAUCCUCAUUAUGGCACAUAUUACAUUGAUCACAUCAAUAAGAAGACACAAUAUGAAAAUCCUGUAAUUCAAGCAAGGAAGAACUCCACCACCUCUCUUCAUGAAGAUGAUUCAAUAAAAAGUUCUCAGCGCAAUAGCUGGAGAACUGAGAAAUCUGAUCGCACAGUUGAUCAAAAUUCAAAUGGAGUUCAGUUAGGAGUCAAUUCAUUGCCAAAGCAUGGAGAGGGUCAUAACAACAGUCUUCAGAGAAAUGCAUCCAGCCUCAAAGAAGAACAGCGCCCUGGAAAGGACGGAGCUCCCUAUGCCGGACUGCGUGGUUCUGGUUACAAACUGCCUUACGUCUUCACCUCCAAUCCUGCUGAUCUGGAACCUUUCAUGAUCAGAACUAGUCUUGUGAAAAGUGCCAGGGGAUUUGGCUUCACAAUAGUGGGUGGAGACGACGGGGACGUUCGUGACUUCUUGCAAAUCAAAGCGAUUGUUCCUCAUGGACCAGCAUGGCAAGAUGGAAAACUGAAGAUGGGUGAUGUUCUUGUAUAUAUUAAUGAACAAUGUGUUCUGGGCUUUAGUCACCAAGAUGCUGUUUCAUUGUUCCAGUCCAUCCCUCCUGGCGAGAUCGUUCAUUUGGGUGUUGCUCAAGGUUUCAAAUUGCCUUUUGAUCCCGAAGAUCCUAACACUGAAAUAGUCACUACCAAUGCAGUAUCCAGUUGUAACCAUGGCAAUGGGCCAAACGGUUUUUGUGGCUGCAUGAACGGGGGCAGUGAGUCUGCAGAAUCGACGACACGUUCGGCGAAAUCUAUGCCCGACCUCACUGCGUUUCAGUCUCAGAGGCAAAGAAACUUUGAACAUCCAUCCGAACUUAGUACAGGCAGUAAUGACCACUCUAUUAGCUCACAUGAUGUUAAUCAUCAAGUACCCAAUAAAGCUGAUUUCUUGUCAGUGGAGAUUGUAAAAGGGAAAAAUGGUUUUGGAUUCACCAUUGCUGAUAGUGUUUAUGGUCAAAAGGUUAAGAAAAUCCUGGAUAGAGAUCGAUGCCAGUAUCUGCUUGAAGGUGACAUCUUAAUUGAAAUCAAUCACAAAAAUAUCCGUGGGCUUCCUCACAGUGAAGUAGUGCAGAUCCUUAAGGAAUGUCCCUGCGACAAAUCAGCACAUAUCACUAUACAAAGGGGCUUAUUACCUCGUGUUACAAAGAUGAAAUCAGCAGAUGACAUUGGUAUUCGUAGAAGUGUUAGUAAUAAUUCUUCUCAUUCCUAUCCGUACCGAUCAACAGAAGGUUAUCAACCAGCACCGUCUACCAUGUACCGCAGCAAGACACCGACUGCUGAUCUCUACAGUUCACGAGAGAAAGAACCAGUUCACAUAAACAGACCAAAGACUCCGCUCGUCGAUACGAGGAAUUGGCCAAAAUCGCAGUCCAUGUCCUCCGAACCUUUAGAGAGACUCAAUGGUAAUCACAUACCUCGAGGAAACGGCAUCAUGAAUCAACAACAAGAGUGUGUUCGCUUAAACCCUGAUCCGAUGAGGCAUUCGGUGGGUGAUCACGGAUCAGACAAUGCUGUUAACCGCCCAUCUGCAUUCCUCAAUAAUUGGAAAAAUGACCAUGGUCCUGCCUUAAGAACUGCUUAUAGUGCUGCUUUGGACAAAACUACUGUUAAUCCAUCGUGGUACACUACAUUAGGUAAAUUGAGGGAUACUUAUUGGGCAGAUAACCAUAACAAAGAACUCAACAAAUCUACUGAUUUUAGUACUGUUAAUCACUCGUCCGACAUGCUGGAUGGGGGUGGGCAAUAUGGUUAUUUACAUCCAAAACUGCCUCCUCCAGUACCACCACACACGCGAUCAAACUUUAAUGAUUCAUACGAAGAUAGUGUUUUCUCUCAUAGUCCUGGUAACCAUUCUUGGCCCGCUAAACCUCAUAACGAAAAUGGACCUCAUCGAGAAUACGGGCUGGAGUGGAAUCCUGAUGGUUAUCAUCAGGACAUCACGAAUGACUCUUACAGACGAUCCAACUCAGUGCGAAGCAAUGGCCCAUACAGUCAGCCACCUGUGCAUGCAGGAUCCUAUGGGCCUAGUGAUACACACCAUGAACCCAUCUACAGAUCUGUAUCUUCAGGUCAUUCUCCUAAUAGUUCUCAGUACGAUAGUCUGUCCCGAAGGAAGCGAGGCACGUCCUUCGAGCACGAAAACCCGUCGGUCGUGUCUCUAAGCAAGGGAGACAAUUUGUACGCGUCAAGCUCAAUGUAUUCACAACCUGGAUCAGUAUUAAAACCACCGAUGCUCAGCCGUGUUCCAGAAUAUAUAGACAUGACGGUGACUCUCCAUCGUCAAGAAAGUGGAUUUGGUUUUAGGAUAGUCGGUGGAACUGAAGAAGGCUCACAAAGUUCUUACUCCAAGGUUGCUAUUGGCCAUAUAGUUCCUGGUGGAGCUGCAGACUUAGAUGGGAGACUUAGAACUGGUGAUGAGAUAGUAUCUGUAGAUAAUCAACUUGUACUGAAUACCUCUCAUCAUCGUGUCGUACAAUUGAUUGGAAACACGACCAAUGGAAAAGUUACCAUGGGUGUGCGUCGGAGAGUGUCAUCUGUUGAUUCUGCCUAUCAUUCAAGAUCGAUGGAAAGCAUAUAUCCAUAUGAUGUCACUGUUACACGCCAGGAAAAUGAGGGCUUUGGUUUUGUGAUUAUAUCAUCUGUAGGAAGAGCUGGUGCUACAAUUGGCCGCAUCAUUGAAGGCAGUCCUGCUGACCGAUGUGGGCAGCUGCAUGUGGGAGACCGAAUCCUAGCUGUAAACAAUGUGAGCAUACUAAAUAUGCACCAUGGUGAAACAGUGAAUCUUAUUAAGGACUCUGGCUACUCCAUCACCCUCACCAUUGGACCCCCACAGGAUGACACCUCCAGCACCACAUCUACUUCUCAAAGGGGAGAGGAUGUGGACGAUCAGUACCACGCCAUAGAACUGCACAGGGGAACACGGGGGUUUGGUUUCAGCAUAAGAGGUGGAAAGGAGUUUCAGAACAUGCCAUUGUUUGUGCUGCGUAUAGCUGAAAACGGCCCUGCUCACCAAGAUGGGAAGCUAAUGGUGGGAGAUCAGAUAAUUGAAAUAAAUGGAAAGAACACAAAGAAUAUGACUCAUGCCGAAGCAAUUGAACUAAUCCGGCAAGGUAAUAAUUCUGUAAGAUUGCUGGUUAGAAGAGGAGGCAGGCUACAUUCACAAGAAGAAGAAUCUACUGUACCACAAGUGCCGAUGAACAGAUUCAUUCCUCAUCACCCCCCUCAAAUGACACCUAAUGGCCUUGUUGGAGGAUCUGUUGCUGACACUAUAUCUCAAGACUACUAUGCAUGGGGAUAUGAACAAAACUAACUCUCAUCUUAAGACAGUGGGUUCAUGCCAAUUGAUUGUUUUUACUACAAAAGUUCUUUAAAAAUUUGAUCUGUUCUUGAAAGAUUGUUAUUACAUCUUAUGUUGUAAAUCUGUCAAUUUUAUGAAAAAUUUACCUGUAUUGAUUUUAAACAUGACUUGUUAGCUUAAAAAAAAAAAUUUUUUUUUUCAUUGUACUUGAAAUAUGAUGGAAAAAAAACUUACUAUAAUCUGUUGGUAAUUAAUAUUUCUUAUUUAUUACAAACUUAUGUAUUAAAAAUAAUAUUUUAAGUACAAAUCAAUACAAAAAAUAUUAUUUUGUUUUAAUAAAAUAGGACGUGGAUGUUUCUUUAGUUAUAAAUUGUACUGCAGCAUUGUUUUGCAAGUUAUGUAAAAACAGAAAUUUUAACUGACAUAAAACAUUCAGAAAGUUGAAAUCUAAGAGGCUGCCAAACAUCUUAGCAUAGAAGAAUUUUGAUCUUUUAAAAAAAAAAAAAAACAGACUGCUGUUCUGUAUAAAAACAAAAACUAUAAUUAUGAAUGCACUUAUAUAAUUUUCAUUUUUAAAAAUGUGCUAUGGUCAUCAUAAAAUAGUAAUCAGCAAAAAAAAUUCAUUUUUUUAAAUAUAAUAAUUUGCAAUAAAACUUGCACAACUUUCGUAUGCGUCUAGGUUUGUGUGUUUCACAUGAACAUAAGUUACAAAUAUUGCUGUGAUCAUUUGGUGCACUUAAAUUAUACAUCUCCCCUACUUUCCACAAUUGCAAUAUCUUUAUUGUACAUUAUCAUAAAAACAAAACAAAAAAAUCAUGUUGGGUUUAAAGCUUUUAUGUUGUAUAGCUAGCAAUUAUUUACCAAUUUGUAUAAUGUUUCGUUGCAUUUAUAUGUAUAAUUGUAUAAAUGUUUUUAGAAAACAAAUUUUUAGAGCCUCGCUUGCCAUUUUUUUAUUAGCAUAAUGUUGAUUAUGUAAGCAUCUUCAUUGAUUUACAACAAAGAUAAUUUUUAUAGUGAAGUUAUAUUUGUAAAUAGGAUAGAUUUUCAUGCGAACGUAUGCCGUUUAGUAUUUUAGAUUAUACCAUUUAUAAUGUACAUUUGUUAUCUAUGUAGUGUUGUUAUGUUGAUUUAUAUAUACAACAUUUUUCUUUGUUCUUUCAUAUGAAAGGCUAUCUAAAUUUCUUUCCUGUGUGUUUUUAGACUAAAAUAAGGCUUGUUAAAACUCAUCUUAUUCAAUUUAGAUUAUUGGAAAAAAAGUAUUGAAGUAUCGAAAAAAUUUUAUUUUUUUGUAAAAGUAAUUUCUUUUUUAUAAAAGUAAUUGCUCCUGCAAUUUCUUGGUUUUAAAUGUUAUAUUCAUUUUUAGUGCUCCUUGUUCAAAACUUUAAAAAAAAUUCUUAACUCUGUGUUAAAAUAAAUAUCAUUAAAAAUUCUCAUAGUAAAACUUGCAUGGCUUUGUUUGGCAGCUAUUGAAAAUAAGAAAAGCAGCUGUUUUUAAUAUAUUUUAGCAGCUAAUAUUUCCUUUUUUUAAGGGGGAGACUUAUGAAAAAUACGUUAUUUAGCAGAACCAUCACUAGACUUUGCGGGGGACCCUUAUAAAUAUUCUCUCUUUCUACUGUGCCUUUCAAAAAUGAAUCAUUUAGAACAUCUAUAUUAUUGAAAUAAUUUUUUUUUUAUAUUUCAUCCAUGCAAUAUUAGUGGCUGUGAAGGCGAUAUUUUGUGUUUAAGUGGUCUGCUUAGAUAUUCAUCUAAAAUUGUUAAAUUGAACCUUAUAUUUUAAUAAUAAAAAUUAACUCAAAAAAAAUAUUUUUUUGAAGAGCCCAUGGAAAUUUUUAGCCUUCUGUCUUCUUUUUUCUUCCAUUUCUUUGAUAAAAUAUUAAAAAAAAUGUUUUUAUAUUUUCAAUACAAAAACUAAUUUUAAAAAAUUUAUUUUCUUAUAAUUUUUUUGUUUUUAACAGUACAGUUGUAGGGGUCAAGACAGGUCUCCCACCAUUCGAUGGCUCUACAUUAAAAUGUAAAACUCUGGCUGGAAUACUUCUUGAUGUGUAAUAAAAACAUUAACGCUAAAAUAUUUCAUCGAAAUUUGUUCUUUGCAUGUUUGCGUGCAACUAAAUGUAUCAAAGUAUUGUUUUAAUGAACAACGAAUAAUGUUAUAUAUGAAAGUUUUUGCCUUAGUUUUAAUUAUUUAUAUAAUUGUGUCCCAUGAUUGUAAUAGAAGUCAGGUACUCUUAGAGUUUGCUCAUAAUGGCUAAUACUAAAUACCAUAUUACAACUAAUUCAAUAUAAGAAAUAUCUAUAACAAAUUAACAGACUUGGGUAUAAAACUGGGCAUCAGUUCCUUUUCCUUCGGCUGGAUUUUAAAAUGGCUUGAAGUAUAAUAUGAAGCAGCAGGUACGAAAAAGAAAAUUUUUAUAUGUACAAUGAUACAAUACAAAACAAUUUAAAUUGCUACUUUUAACUAGUAUUUUGUAAUAGAUCCAUGUUAUAAAUAAUAUUAACUAUCUCUAUUCUGGAUAUGGUACUUUUUGUGAAACUAAAAAUUUUAAAUACAAUAGUUCAUUUUUUUUUUUCCUCUUUUUUAUUUCAUAUUAAAUAAAUAAAUACAUUAGUGAAUCAGUUAUUUGAUGCCGAAUAUAAAGGUAUUUUUAAGUGUUGUUGCCUUAACAGAAAAAGAAGUAAUAUCUCUGAUCUUAAAAAUUCUGCUGAUUGUGGAUGAUAUUGAAUCCAUUGUUUAGAAGGCAUCAUUUCAUGGACUUAAAGGUAUUUUAUAAAUAAACAUUGAAAUGUUUAAAAUUCAAGUAGUUUUCCCAGAGAGCUUUAUGAAAUUUCUAUGUGCUUUACAUUUAAAGAGAAUAUUUAGGAACCCUAUUUCUGUAUAAGUAGUUUACAUUAAUAGAUUGCCUUUUGAACCACACUAAAGUAGUUUUUUCAUGUUUUUACCUUUUUUUUAAUUAGGAUAUGAAUUCCUAAUUGGAAAAAGAUGCAUCAUUCAUAAGUGACACUAUGAAAAUAAUGAAAUUAAAUUCUUCAUUAUCUUUCAUUUUGGAAAUCUUAAUCGAAUUUUUAAAAAAAACUCACAUUGAAUUAAAUUAUAUUAGGCUGUUUCUUGAAUACUCUGUCGUCGCACUGAAUAAUGCUUUUUAGUGAAUGAUGUUCUGUUUUCAUUGCUGCUGUUAUUUUGCAACUGUUAUUGAUAACAGUCAGAUAAAGUUAAGCCCACACUGUAUGCUAAUUCUGAUAAUGGUGCAAAAUCUCAAUUUGGAGAAAAGACCACAGUUUAUUGAAAAUAAAAAAGUACUUGUGAUUUAAUUUUUUUUUAAAUUACCUCACAUGGACUCAUUAAAAUUUCUAAAAUGGUGAGUUUUCAUUUAGGUUAAAAAAAAAAAAACUUUCCAGGUGCGCAAUUAAAAAAAAAUCCUUUAAUAUCUUUACAAAUAUUUAAUUAUUUCUCUGCUCUGAAGUCAAGAUUAUUCCUUACACCAAAAUGGUAAGGAUAGUUUAAAAUUAUAUGCCUUGAGUGCGGCUUUUUUUUUUUUUUUUUUUUUAAUUUUUUUUUUUUUUUUUUUUUUUUUUUUUUUUUUCCUUGAUGAAAGGCUUUGAAAAUAGGAUGAAAAAUAUUUUUAAAAAAAUCUGGUUUUCCGAAAGUGUUCCGAUUAGAUGUCAAAAAUGAACAUUUAUUUUGUCUGCCAUAUGUUUAAAUCAGGUGGUUUUCAUUAAAAAGAUUUUGGCUAUCUGCAUAUUAGUGUUUCUCUACAUAAUAAGACGAAUUUACUCAAUAUACAGCUAAUGAAAUACUUUAUAUUAUUUUCGAUUACAUUAUUACCUAAUUGAAGGUCACUUUAUAAUACAACAUUCUUUAUUAUAUAGUGAAUUUCCCAAGGUUAAAAUUGAACUUUCUAUGCAAUGUAAAAUAUAAAACACAUGUUAAUUAACUUAUUAGAUAAUUAUUUAGCUAGAUUUUACACCUGUUAAUUGUUAAAAUAAAACUAUCUAGUGUUUUUUGUACAAGGGGUAAAAAAUAUAGAACUGGCUUUGUAUAUAAAAUAAUGAUUAUUUCAUUUUUACUCUUCUCUCAAAUAUUGUUCCUCUUGCCUUCCAGUUAUCGAGAGCAAUUUGUUGGAAUUUUAAGGAAAAUUUUUAAGAAAUUAAAAAUUUUCUUCCAUGUGUGUUAAAUCUCCCCUCAUAAAAAGUGAAUACGGAAAAAACAAAUGUUUCGAAAUUCCUAAUAAUUAAUUAACUUUAAAUACAUAUGUAUAUUACUAGUAGAUAAAUUCUAUGUGGUAAUCAAUAUUUAAAAUUUACAAGAACUGUAUCUGUGAUUGUUUGUAUUUUGUAAAUAUUGUGAGAGAUCUCAUUCUAUACUAAGUAGAUAAAAAUUUUACAUUGAAAGAAAAAAAAAUUGAAUGUCUUUGUUUAUUCAAAGUAUGUGCCUACAAAGAAAGAAUUGGCCAAAAUAUUUUCGAUACUUUUGUUUCUCUUUUUUUUUUACGAGAGUUUUAAAUUCUCAUUUGAAACCAAAUAUCCAUGUAUUCCAGAUGACUUGCCUUUUUGUCUGCCAAAAAUAAAAUGUAUUUUUUGUAUUA